AUGCAAAGCGGUAGCACAAAACAAUCCUCUCAAUACUACAGAAGCGAUGAAGAGAACUGUCGGUUAAGAUACCACCCGAGCCACAAAACCAUGAAUAAUAGUUUCCAGAACCUUUGGGCCCGAAGUUGGGGAACUUUACAUGAUGCUAGCAAAGGCUUCGUUCUCCGGCCAUUAGAAAAAAAAUUUACUAGGUACACCAGCCACAAACGCGUUUAUCUAGCACCCCAAACAAAAACAAUAUCUAUGGAUUGGUUCAGGAAAAAGAACGACGAGGACUCCUUGGAGCUACGAAAAUCGCAGGCGGCAAAUGCAAAGGUGAAGCUAACAGAUAUGCUUUACAAUGGCGGCAAGGUCCAGCCUGAUCAAACAGUUUUCUGUAGCGAGGGAGAAAAGAAUGCAGGAGAGUUCAGCGCGGAGCUCAAUCGCCAACUGAAAGAGAAGGAGGAGCGGAUAUUGCGAAACAAGCGAAUCCGAAGUAGGGAAGAGCCGCUGAAGGAAAAUGUCGAUGCUCGUCCAAAGCUCGAGGUAGAAAAGGUCGAAUUGCAGGAGCUUAGACGCCGGGUGAGCAAGCUAGAAGGGCUGUUAGAAGACGAGCGGCUCCGACGGGGACUUUUGGAACGCAAGCUGGGGGAGGAAAGAAGACAAUUGGAGGUGCAGAGAGACGAACUCGAGAGACGCAAGCAAGAUUUCAGUGCGCACGAACAGCAGCAGGAGUCGCGGAUCGAGAGGCUCCAACGAAGAUACGAGGAGACUAUACAGGAAAGCGAGUCCUGGAAAACUGAGAAGAAGAACUUGGAGGCCAAACUCGACGCGAAAAAUAAGGAAAACAGGCAGUUGGAGCAGAAGUUAGGAGGCCAGCGGUUUUUGCAGCGCAAGACAGAAAAGCUGGAAGCCGUGAUUGAACAGCAGGAAAUCGAGAUCAAAAAACUGCAGAAGAUGCUCAGGGCCAAAGACGACGAGUGCGAGGACUUGCUAGUGAAAAACAGACAGCUCAAAAGGAAGGUCCAUAGUUUGCAGAACAACGAUCCGCCUGCAAGAAAAGCAGAGCCCGCAAUGGAAUGGACUCUGGACACUGAGCUGCUACACAAGCUUUCCCUGAGUGAGAUAAUCAGGGGUGCAGGAAAACAACGCCAGCCGUCCGAAGUCAAGGACACCGACUAUGACCUAUUUGAAAGUCCCUCGUUUGGGGCUCAGUCGCCGUCCACAUCAACUCUGUUCCACUCCAAGCCAGCGGAAAACACGGACUAUCUGCUAAAUCUGUAA